ACUGUCAAUUUGACAUUUGUUUUGUCAGCCAGACUUGCCAAAAUGACGACUGCUAUCAGCGGCUUACGUUUAAUUUUCCAAUAAACACGCAAAAUUGUUGCAAUUUUGUUGUAAUAAUUAACAUUAUUUAUAAGAAUAAAUGUUAAUUAGUCUAUAGUGCAUUGAUUUUACUAACACAACAUUAAAUAUGGAUCUCCACCGGCCCGUUGAUCCCAACAAGACUUACGAGGAACUAACAUCUGAAGAAAAACUGAGAUAUGACCAUCAAAGGCUGCAUGAGCUGCAUAAGGGACAUGAGGGCAUGCACACCACCAUGAUCCUGAUCCUCAUCGGAACCCUCAUUGUGGCUCAAAUCAUUGUUGUUGAGUGGAAGAAGCGGCAUUAUAGGUCCUAUGCGUUCUUCACAAUGAUAGCAAUGUGGUGCAUACCGCUCAUAAUGAGCGCCCGGAGCCACUGGUGGCGGUUCGUCGUAAUUUGGAGCAUAUUCACGUUGCUAACAGGGCUUGUGAUGAGAAAGAGCUCUUUGAAGCCUAUGAGCGCUACCACGCCUAGACUAGUGUACAAAUGGUUCUACCUAAUCUACAAAAUCAGCUGUUGUAUCGGCGUAAUCGGCUACGUUAUCAUGAUGCUCACAUUCCUUGGAGUAAACCUACUGUUUGGAGCGAAACCUCAGUCGUGGAUGGAUGUCGGAAUGGUGCUUCUUUUCUACGGGCUGUAUUUCGGCGUUCUGGGCCGAGACGUGGCCGAAUACUGCGCGGAUAAGAUGGCCGCCUCUAUCGGGUAUUAUACACAAGAAGGCAUACCGACGCGGCAGCUUGAGAGCGACGUGUGCGCUGUGUGCGGCGACAAACUUCUAGUAGCUGUCAACGAGGAGGGUGUCAUAGAGAACACGUACAAGCUGUCGUGCGGGCACGUGUUCCACGAGUUCUGCAUCCGCGGCUGGUGCAUCGUGGGCAAGAAGCAGACGUGCCCGUAUUGCCGAGAGCGGGUCGACCUCAAGCGAAUGUUCACCAACCCUUGGGACCGGCCGCAUCUCCUCUACGGUCAGCUACUUGAUUGGCUGCGCUGGCUGGUCGCCUGGCAACCACUCGUUAUGUUCCUCGCGCAGGGCAUCAACUGGCUCUUCGGGUUAGAGUGAGACACCAACACUUUCUACCUCACUUUCACAUGCCUUGAUAAUUAAGCUUGCGUCGCCUUACGGUCAAUAACGUACGAUAAAAGAGGGUUCUUGCUAAAUUGGAAAUUCUGUAGUGUAAGUCAAUACUUAGUCAGUAUCAGUACUUACUUGGUUGUUCAAUAACAACCAAUUUAGCUAGGACCCUAAACAGCGCAACAAUCCCGGAGCGCGAUGGUACAGUCGCCAUCAGAUAUAUCGGAGCAGCCGAAGUGCUCACAAAUAUCUGAACACGGCUCUAUUGUUAAAGCGUUAGAGUGCGUGUUCAGAUAUUUUUGAGCACCUCGGCCGCUUCGUUUUAUCGUAUUGGUGGAUUUUACCGAACGUACGUUAUAAUGGACCGUGGGAAAUUUUAGCUGUCAAGUUUCAACCGUCGUUCAACCUUUGGUAUAUGUACAGUCAGCAAAACUAUUAGCUUAGCACCCGUGCAUACAUUUUUAUAUGCAGGGAUGCUAAGCUUAUAGUUUUUAAUAGUUGGUUUUACCUUACUUCAGCUUUAAAAUGCUACGGAUUUUCUAUGGGAAGCUGUUCUUAUAUUAGAUUUCUUGUUAGCUAACUUUGCACUAAUUUCAAUAAAACAAAGUAAGAGAGUGCCAUUAUCUCAUUAUUCAUUAUAGUCUCUAGCGGCCCACCAUACAAGGAAAAUUGGCAAUCGAAUUUAAAUCAAUGGUAUUAGAAAAUAGAGUUUUAAAGUCGCACCUAUAUUCGAGAAACUUAAAGAAAAUCGUCUCCGGUGGUACGGGCAUAUCCUACGUCGCCCGGAAGAUCAUAUGGUCAAGUUAGCCUUAAAUUUGCCGACACAAAGGAGAGGAAGUGGAAGACCACCUGCCACUUGGCUGACGACAGUCGAAAAAGACAUGAAAGAUGUUAAUACAGACGCUGAAAUAGCCAAAAACCGUGUAUUAUGGAAGAAAAGGACAAGAAAGGCCGACCCAAGUAAAUGGGAAAAAGGUCAAGGAGGAAGAAGCAGGUAUUAGAAAAUAGAGUUAAAUUCGUUUUGUUUUAAAAUCGAACGAAACAAAACAAAAGCAACUCUGUUCCAUUGAAUUAAGAUUUAAUUUUCAUUGGAGGUAAUUUGUACCAGUAUUAGCACAUUGAACCCUAAGAGGAUACCCUCUUAUCUAUCUUAUCUUAUUAGUUAUCUUGACUAUCAUAUUGUAUCUUCCCUACAUUUGUUUUAUCCGUAGGAUGUAGGAUGAACGGUGGUUGUAACAAUUUGCUGUCUUGUUAUUUUAAUACUUCAAUUAAUUUAAUGUAAUUUUUAUAACUUUUGAUGGGUUUACAUUAACAUUACGCCCAAAUGGCCUUGUUUUUAUAAGCUACUCAAAUAGGGAAUAUCACUUGAAGUCUAGCCUACUAUUAAGGGCCACGGAACCUCUGCCCCACCACGAAUUGCAUCCAUAAGGCAUCUCACUGAACGCCGGCGUACCAGUGUGGCAGCGAACGGCCGUUCAACAGACAUCUUGGACAUAUUUUUCUACCCCACAAACAAAAAUUUGGAAAAUCAAACAUUAAUAUUUAAUAAGGAUUUCGUGUUGUUCCUGUUUGCAAAAUUAUGUCCCUUUGGAUCUCUAUCAAAUGUAUAAACCGCCUUGAAAUGCCGCUUGUCGCUUCGCUGGCCGCUGUCGUCCAGUCCGCUGCCUAACAACCACUGAAGAUCAGUUUUUUGUGCGAACAAAUGUAUAAGUAUUCCGUAAACGUGAGGGUUCUGUUAGUCUGAUUCACUUUUAUCUAAUCCUGAAUACCACUGUACGCGCUACAAGUAGGUAAUACUGGUAUGCCGAAACGUGAAUCCGCACAGAAGGUUUUGCAUUCUAAUUAAUUAUUCAUUAGAACUCAAUACUUACUAAUGUGGAUCCGCGUGAAAUAUGAAAGGUUAUCAGCGUUAAACAACCGGUAUAUUAGACACACCGAGGCGUUCAUAGCAUUUCUGGGGUCCUUGGUAUGCCUGAGAGAUGCCUCGGCAUUCCCAAGUAUACCUCGACAUGCCGGAGGACGCCUCGGCAUGCCUGAGGAUCCCUUGCCGUGCCAUGCCGAUAGUGGGCGCCGGGCCUAAAAUGUACUAAACUAAACAUACAAAGCUAUUGUAAACCUAACAAAACUUUUCCUACAGUUAAAUUAACAUUAUUAUGAAAUUUGUGAAUUAUUUAUGUAAAAUAUUUGGUUUUAUGCUCUGCCAUCCUGCUACUGUUUGUUAAGUACCAAUGAAGACUGAUCAUUUAUAAAGAUCGCGCCAAACGUUUAGUCCGUUCCGUUCUGACAUUGGUUCGCGAAGGUAGAUAUGUCAUUUGUUGCGUCGUCUGUAGAAGCCAUAAUACCUCGUUUGUCAUUUUGGCUUAUGUAUUUGUAAGAAAGGGAUAAAAUAAAUUAACUAAUUGUGGCUUCUAAAGUUUUAUGAACAAGGGGGUAAAUGUUUGGCACCACUUGGAAGCGUAGCCAACACGCCAAUCGCUUACGCUCCGUAGCGAUCGAAACGCAACUGUCACUGUCGCACUAACAUGGAAGAGUGAUAGAGAGACACAAAGCGUUUCGUUGUCGAAGCGAUAGCGAUUGUCACCUUGGCUAGGCCGGCUGUAUACUUAUCGAAAAGAAAUAAGUCUAUAAAUGAGUCCUCAGUUCUGUUUAAAAUGAUUAUAGAUAUUGGCGCAUACCCGUUGCAUGAAAGUUGGUAGAAAGGGUAAAAUAAUAUUAAAAUUGGACUAGACAAAUUAUUAACGUUUUAUAACGUCUCUCAAAUUUCCCUACUGGGAUUAUAGUCACGAGCAAUAACAAAAAAAAAAACGUUCAAAUUGUAUAAAGCGUUUCGUAGUAAGUUUUUAUGUAGGUAGUGGCGAAAUAGAUGCUUUUGUCUCAUGAUUUUAUAAGCUAUAUUAAAAUAUAGAUGACAAGAACUGAAAGUACAUAACUACUAACAAUUAAUUAAUAUUAGUUAUGUGCCAAUGUCUUCUUCUGGAAGCACUAUGAGCAAUUAGAGUUUUAAAUAAAAACAUCCUGCUUAUUAUUUUUCAACACACUUGCUCAAAACGACGUUUUUAUUCCACCGAUUUUUGGCUCAUAAUCCUAGAUAUUAAACACGCGUGCUCUUUCAGUGUAUUAUUCCACUCGUGCUUUUUCAUUAUAUUAUCCGGCUGAGUUAAGAAGCUAACUGAUUGCUAAUAAUAUGCAUGGAAAAGGAGCUUUCUUUAAUUGGUCGGACUGGCGGGCACCGGCGCGCUCCUCGCGCCUGCGCGGUGCGCGGCCCGGCCGGCCCGCCCGCCGCGCCGCCCGCGGCCGGGGCGAGCGAGGGCCGGCCGGCAGUACGAGUAUGACAGAUGAAACACACAAUACUAACUGUUUAAACUAUUAAAAUUUGAUUAAUAUGAAAGUUUCUUUUUUUUCUCGCAAGUGUGUUGAAAAACGUCGUAUGAAACGCGUGUGCAUUGGUCAUUACACACAUCGGUUUUCUUAUUGCGCGCUCGCUUACAGCUCGCGCGCACAAUAUCGCCUCGUGUGUAGCACACUUGUAUCAUAAUGUACUAUUAAAUGUCUGCGUUUUGUUAUGCGGUUCCAUAAUAGUGGCAAAACGGAACUUUAACUUAAGCAAGCCUAUUGGUAUUCAAAAAGCCUAUAAUUUAAUAAUAACUUUGCGAACUGAAAAUAUAUAAAUAAUGACUUCUAAGUUUUUAACAAAAAACUUGUAUAAUAAACGCAUCAGUGAUUUCAAUGAUGUACAAUGUUUUCUUAAUGUUUAAUAGUGUUUAAAUUGUUGUAAUGUUGUAUUUUCUAAAUGUUCAAAAGAAAACGAUGGUUGUCGAAUGUAAAUAUGGCAGACAGUAAGUGUUUUUUUGGCUGGAGACUUUCAAAUGUUGGCGCUGCGAUAUAAAUUGUUUAAUUGCGUAGAUAGAUCGCCCAAUGAAAUUUUAACUCACUUCACAUAUACCUACAAUUUCAUGGGAACACUAUGACUAUCGUCAUAGUGUUGAACUUUUAGUAUACUAUUAUCUACUCAAAAGUUAUAGCCGAAAUAAUAAUAAGUCUGUUUAUAUAUAUUCUAACAAAGUUGCGUACUAAUAGGUUCUACACUUAAAAGUGUGUAAGAAAAGUUUGGCGACAUAAAUUAUAAUUACCUACAGUCAGUUGCAGAGAAAUCUGACAUCGCCAGGUUAAGAUAUUAUCUAAUGCAGACCGGCAAGGGCGGCUAGCAUGAGCUGCAUUCUCUCGCGCGCGAGGCCAUACUUGAAGUCGCGCUAGAAGUAUGGACUCG